AUGCCCCACAACAUCCUCCUCACCGGCGCCUCCGGCUACCUCGGCGGCACCCUCCUCACCCACCUCCUCACCACCCCGCUCCCCCCCUACAGCACCCUCUACGCCCUCGUCCGGACCCCAUCCCAAGCCCACUCCGUCCAACAAUCCACCGCCACCCCCCUCCUCCUCCCCGACCUCACCGACACCGCAACCCUCACUCAAACCAUCAUCGCCCACAAAAUCACCAUCAUUUACUUCCUCAUUGACGCCGCCAGCUCCACCACCCAGAUCCCCAUGAUUGAGGCACUCGGGGAAGUAAAGAGAUUGACCGGCCAGGAAGUGCAUUUCUUGCAUACCACGGGGGCGAAGUUGUUUAGUGGACAUGCGGGACAUCCUGCACUACCUAGUGAAGAAUUCUCAGAUGGAGAGGGGGAAAGAGUGUAUGAGAUACAGAAUGCGGCGAGGUCGGGGAAUGCCCUCAAAGUAAACACCACCAUCAUCGACACGGCCACAAAACACGGCGUACGGAGCUACAUCUUCAUCCCGUGUAUCGUCUACGGCAAGGGUGAAGGAUUCGGGAACAAAAUCUCUAUUCAGACCGUCGCGGUAGUGAAAGCUGCUUUGAAGAUUCGGAAGGUGGUUAGGGUUGAUAAAACUCGUGCAGUCUGGCCCGUCUCACACAUCCACGACACGGUGAGUUUAUACCUCGAACUCCUCCGGAACAUGCUCCUGGAUGAGCCGGAUCUCGGGUAUGGCCGGAAUGGGUAUUAUCUUGCUGCGUCGGGGAGUGUCGCGUGGGAGGAUUUGUAUGAGGCCAUGGGGAAGAGGCUGGCGGAGAGGGGAUUGGUGGAUGAUGCUACCGUGGUGGAUGCGGAUGAGGAGGCGUUGGAGAGGAUUGGCGAGGCGUUGGGGAGGCCGAAGGAUUUUGUGCCGGUGGAGAUGGGGGGGAGUUGUGUGAUGGAGGCGAAGCAUGGGUUGCAGAUUGGGUGGAGGCCGAAGUAUGCACCGGAGCAUGCUUUGGAGGCUGCUGCGGAGGAGGUGGAUUGGAUUUUGGAGAAUUUGGACGGAAAUUGA